CAAUGCCGUGAGGUGAAUUUCGCGGUGAAUUUCGCUGUGAGCUAAGGAGGUUCCCGGCCCCAGGGGUGCGCGGCGCCUGCGCAGUGGGCCUUAGGCAUCACGCGCUGCGGGAAUCGGGAGACCCCCGCCCCCUACACAUCGCCCUCCACUGCGCGAACGCGCACGUGAAUAGGGGCGUGGAUGAGUCCCCAUUGCGUCUCACCUCGCUCAGCUCUUGCCCGGCAGCAGAGGGAGGGAGACGCUCCCCCGAGACGUGGGUGGGCUCAGUGGAGACUCACGGGCUCACGGCAGCGGCGCCUCCUCCACUCCUGCGGGCCCGGGUCCCGCUGACCGCCCGUCGUACUGGCUAACCGGCUGACUGACGCGCCUCGCCGCCCCCACCUCCGCCCGCGCCCCGCCCAGCCUCAUCUCUUCCCUCAGCGCGCUCCCGGCUCGCAGCAGACUGAGGCGCCUCUCACUCCCUGCCCCUCGCCUCGGCCCUUUCUCUUCCCAGCACCCCGGCUGCUCCCCGGCGGCGCCGGCUGCAGCCCACAGCAGCGAGCGGCUGGAAGAGGCAGCCUCGAGGAUGAAGUGCAAGCCCAACCAGACGCGUACCUACGACCCGGAGGGGUUCAAGAAGCGGGCGGCGUGCCUGUGCUUCCGGAGCGAACGCGAGGACGAGGUGCUGUUAGUGAGUAGCAGUCGGUACCCGGACCGCUGGAUCGUGCCGGGCGGGGGCAUGGAGCCCGAGGAGGAGCCGGGCGGUGCGGCGGUCCGAGAGGUGUACGAAGAGGCGGGAGUCAAGGGGAAGUUAGGCCGGCUCCUGGGCGUCUUCGAACAGAACCAGGAUCGCAAGCACAGAACGUACGUGUAUGUACUGACUGUCACGGAGCUGCUGGAGGAUUGGGAAGAUUCGGUUAACAUUGGCAGGAAGCGAGAGUGGUUCAAAGUCGAAGAUGCCAUCAAGGUUCUCCAGUGCCACAAGCCCGUGCACGCCGAAUAUCUGGAGAAACUGAAGCUGGGCGGCUCCCCAACCAAUGGAAACUCCAUGGCCCCGUCCUCGCCAGACAGUGAUCCCUAGUGAAUGGCAUAGAUGUUGUUCAGAUUUACUUUGAAAGAAUCAAGUAUGUGAACCCAAUGAUGAAUGGAAUUGUGAAGUACAGAUGAGCUAUUUCGCACUCCAAGGACACAGCUCAUCCUAUGCUUUUGGACACUUCUUCCCUGUUUAUUACAGUAACUAUUCUCCAGGUUGUUGCACUACCACUGUAUCUGUACAGAAUUCUAACUUGGCACCUGUGGCCUUUUUUGUGCUUUUAUGAUUAUGUGUCUGUAUUUGCCACCAGAUUAUAUGCCCUUGAAUGCAAGGAACUUGUUUCCUUUGUCUUUUUUAUAUAUCUAGCACAUAAGACAUUGCUUAGAAUAUGGUAGACAUCACUGAAGAUUUGUUUAAGUAAUUCAUAUUUUGUAAUUAUACUGAAUGGUUAAACAAUCUCUUUUUAAUCUGCCUAGCAUAUAGGUGACUGUUGCUUAUCAAGUGUCACACAACUGCAUCAAGGCAGCUGUGAGAUAGUAGAAAGCAAAAAUUUGUCUGUGUCAUCCCAGACAUGUGCCUCCAGAUGGCAGUAUACGACACCAUCUAUAAAAUAUAUUAGCAAAGCCAGGCACAGUGUUGUGCAUCUGUAGUCCCAGCCACUCAGGAGGCUGAGGCAGGAUUGCUUGAGCCCAGGAGUUUUAGUCUAGCCUGGGCAAUAUAAUGAGACCCCAUCUCCUAAAAUAUUUGCCCAAGCAUUGAACCUAAAUUUGACCAUGCCCCUAGAAAUAAUUCCUAGUCUUUAGAAAAUACAGAGGGCAGAGAAACAUUAGUUUAUACCAUGGAGAUGUGAUCAGCAGAAACCAGACUAUAAGAAACUACAGGACACAUGACCCAGUUUCUUCUUUAAAUAAUUUACAAGGGUGAAAGAAAGAGAUGAAGGAUGAACCUAUAUAUUAAAAGAAAUUUAAGAGACGUAUUAACCAACUGUAUGGAUCUUAUUUGAAUUGUGAUUUGACCGAACUGUAAAAUGAAUACAUUUAUGAGAUGGUCAGAGUUAUCUGAACAUUGGUGAGAUAUUUAGUAUUAGGAUAAUGAUUUUAUCAUUAUGUUAGAAAGAAAGGUCCUCAUCUACAUUCUCAAACAUUUGUGGUUGAAAUGAUAUGAUUCCUGGAAUUUGCUUCAAAAUACUAAGUCUGUCUGUUAAGUGCAUUGGUAAUACUGAUGAAAUGAAAUUGGCCUUGAUAAUUGUUGAAGCUGGGUGAUAGCUAACAUGAUGGUUCAUUAUAUAUGUUCAUCUCUAUUUUUGUAUGUUUGACAUUUUCCAUAAUAAAGUUUAUAAAAAUAA